CGACCGUCUCUCGCCAUCGCAAUAGUGUCGCCGACUGCUCCCAAGACCCACGCCGACUCAUUUCUAGCCGGACAGCCUGGGUAGGCGUCGUCCGCAAGCUCAUCGACCCGGCGAUCCGAACAGCAUACAGUACGCCUAAACCUGGUCAGCAAGGGCAACCAGACCGACCACAAUGGGCGCCUCCAUGUCCAUUUCGAGCCUCUUUGGCAAACUCUUUGGAUCCAAGGAAGUGCGCAUUCUGAUGCUGGGUCUCGAUGCCGCGGGCAAGACCACCAUCCUCUACAAGCUCAAGCUCAACCAGACCAUGACCACCAUUCCGACUGUCGGCUUCAACGUCGAGACCUUUACAUACAAGAAUAUCAAGUUCAACAUGUGGGAUGUCGGUGGCCAGGACAAGAUUCGUCCGCUCUGGAGGCAUUACUACAGCGGGACCCAGGGUCUGGUUUUCGUCGUCGACUCGUCUGAUCACGCGCGGAUCGACGAGGCCAGGACAGAACUGCACCGCAUCCUCAACGACCUGGAAAUGUCGGACUGCCUUCUUCUGGUGUUUGCGAACAAGCAGGAUCUUGAUGGCGCCAUGGACCCUCAGACAAUCACCGAAAAGCUCCAGCUCUCCAAGCUUAAGGAACGGCCGUGGUUCGUCCAGCCCGCCAUCGCCAUUGAGGGCGAGGGCCUGACCGAGGGCUUCGGCUGGCUGUCGGACAAUAUUAAGAAGAUGCCCAAGUACGGCGGGAAAUGA